GUGUGCUAGGCUUCUGACCGCUCACAACCGAUGAUAUCCACUCCGAAAUAAAAAUAGGCAUUUAUGGAUACACCAAACACAAAAGUUCCGUCACGAUGAGGGUGAUAACGUUUUACCUUCUCUGCUUGUUUUUACCAAUCUAUUUCUGUUCUUCUUCAAACGCCGUCAGAUUCUGCGGAAGAAGCCUAGCCGAAGCCUUGGCUAUCGUCUGCAGCGAACGUGGCUACAACAUGGCGUUUCGACCAGGUGCUCCUAUCCCUACUGACAGAAGAUACCGAAGAGGAAUCGUUGACGAAUGCUGUCACAACGGCUGCUCGUUUAGCACUCUUGAAUCGUACUGCAGCGAGGGAUCUUCUGACGACUCUAAAUCCCCGCCUUAUUUACAAAUCAGUAAAAGGAGUGACAGUCAUAAGAAUAUGAACAAAGAGAACAAAGAUUAUGUUGACGACCAAGAGAUGAGCGAUCAAUAUUCAGACAUGAUGGUGAAACAAUCUACGACGUACCAGCACAACGUCCUGCAAACCCGGUCGUCGAUUGAAAACAUAGAUAUCAAAAGUGAUGGUACUCAUCACCAUAAAAGGAAAUUGUUUGGCCAUAUCGAUGAUGAUCAAGGCGGUCGAGCGGGGCACAUCUACCCUUACUCGCUUGAUCAUCAUCUUUACCGUAAGGCGACUGGAGGGAAUAAAGUGAAGAGGAACGAAAUGAGAAGGAGCUCGAUGGACUCUUCUCAUCAAAGAUUGGAAUCCAAGUUGGGUCACAAUCCAAAUGAAAACAGCCUCGACUGGUUGAGAAAAUCAGAAAAUGAUUUUAUAUCUUCCAAUCGCCAUCCAACAAUUAGACAUCAUAAGGAAAGGUUUUCCGUUCCCAGACACAGAGUAACUGAUCUCCACGUUAAAAAGAAUAAGGUAUCACCGACUUCACAAGUUGGAACUAUUUCUCCCUACUUCCUCGGUCAUACUCUUGUCUCAAAGUCAACCAGGAAAUCAUUUCGUUAUUAAUGGAUUUUUUGAAACGACUACCCUCAUUACGCGAAUGAUUAUUGAUUAAUCUAUAAAUAUUAUUUCCAAAACUUCACACCAAAAAUUGGAUCAUUGUGAAGAAUGAAAAUUAUAAAACAAGACAUUUUUAUAUUUUAUAAUUUUGUUAUGAGUCUCUUUGUGUUCCUUUCAUUUUAUUUAUUUUUUUUCUAUGACUUACCUUGUCUUGGAUGUACCUACUUUCCUCUUUAUAAAUGUUAGUAAAUGCAUUAACGAGAUUUCAAGGUUUUAUUUCACAAACUUAGAAUCAUGAAAUACCACUACGGCCAGUAAAUAGUAUUGACCGAUUGCUUAAACAAUAUUAAAUAAAUAAAUAAAACAGUACAAAUGUCUUGGUUUCACAUUUAUUUUUCAGUAUUGUUCCUUUA